AACCACAAAACAAAAUUGAAAAUCAGUUCAAACAAAUCUUGAACAUCAGCUACUACAAGGUGUAUUGGAUUUCAUCUCAAAGAGGUCUGAUUAAACGCCAAUCAAAUAUUGUGGAGUCAAUCCGAUACCAGAAUCUUCGAAUGCUGAUCUCUAAAACAACAGUCAUCUUAAAAUUUUGAAAAAAAAGUUAAAAAGAAAGCCAUUUCAUUACUUUUCAGUCGGAUAAUUUAUCCGAAAAAUAUCUUCAAAGUCAACUAGAGAUUGAUUACAAAGAAAACUUUUAAUAAUAUUUGAUUGGCUUCUAUAAUCUUUUUUCUCAAAUCUCUUUGAAAUGAAAUCCCAUGUCUUAAAGCUGAAGUUCAAAUAGUUAUAAGAGUUAUUUGAAUUGAUUAUAAUUUUUUUUUAUGAUUUAUGGCACAGAUUUUAAACUUUUUGGCAAAUUAUUAUUCGAAAUCAUUGCAAAACGUUAAUAAACAACCAUUAAGUACAUACAUAGAUACAAACAAUCUAGGCUAGAACCUAGAAUACAUUUCGGUUAACUUUAGAGACUCCUUACUCCUUCCGUCUUCGGUAGCAGUUUACGACUUACGAGUCCUACGUCAUUGCAGGAUAAUCUUCUAAUCGACAAAAAAUCCAAAUCCACAAUUCUAAUAUAGAAACCAGUGUUCCCAAAUCGCAACUUGUUUGUCGGACUAAAAGAAAAUAAGAUAUGGCAUCAUCAUCAAAUCCGUCUUCAAAUGUUCCAGUGAUAAAAACGAUCUACGAAUGUCCCGACAAACGUAGAGCAAUGAUCUCCGAUAAUGAAUUAUUCGACAUAGUGUUGAUAGCUGGAACCGAUUGUGUCAGUAUACAAGCUCAUAAAGUAGUACUGCGCGAAUUCAGUGAGUAGGUACUUUGUGGAUAUCCUGCGUACAACUGAAACGAAUGUUGUCGAACUCAAAGAAAUCGAUGCGGCGACAUUGCAACCUAUAAUCGAUUUCAUGUAUAAAGGUUCUAUUGAAUUAAGUUUGCAAACAGUCAAAACAUUCUUGCGAACUGCAUCUUUUCUAAAAAUGAAGUCUUUAAUUCAUGGUUGUAGUGAAUUUAUGGAGAAAAACAUGAACUGCAACAAAUCACUGAAACGGCAUAUAUUGCUGGAGGAAACUCGAAUGAAGCAAAAGGCAAAGCUUGAUUAUAAGCCUGAUAAAUUUGGAAUUAUAUGUAUGAAGGAUGGCAUAUAUAAUAUUAAAAGUUGGAACCCCGAAGAAAAUUCGUGGUCAUCCCUAAUCGUAACACAAGUAAAAAAUGAAAUAGAUUGUGAUUUUAGAAUUGUGAUUGGCAAUAUGUUAAUUACUACUGGAGAGGACAUGAACGCCGAAUUUCGAAAAGAUAAUGUGACAUGUUUCGAUCUUGACACCGCCAAGUGGAUACAUAUUCCCCCAAUGAAUAAAAACAAAUUAAUAGAUAAUAUACAUGAUUUAGGUGGACGACUGUUUGUUUUUGGUUAUGAAGAGUUAAGGACUGAAGCGAAUGAUAUACAGCAGGAUUAUGAUAAUUUUAUAAGAUUAAUUGAACAGUAUAGUUUCCCAAGGACAUCAACUGAUAAUAAUAGUCGUUUUAAAACAUCUAUAGAAAUGUUCAAUUUUUCCACAAGGACAUGGAUUGAUUUACAACCACCAUGUCCUGAAAUUGUUGGCUGUGCCUAUAGCACUACUUCACAAAAUGGAAUGUUUUAUUGUAUUGGAUUAGAAAUUAACAUUUUGCAUACUUUUAAUGUCGUUUCUAACGAAUGGACUCGCAAAAAAAUAGUUAGAUUUCCAAACAUUAGAAGACAUUAUAGACUUAGUGAUUACGGAUUUGUUGCCACAGAACAGUAUUUAUACAUCAUCGGUGGCGAAUAUAUUUCUAAUACAAAUUCUCAUGGUAUUGAUGAUAUUUCUUCAUCUGGUUUAUAUCGGUAUGAUUUGAUUAAUAAUUGUUGGAAUGAAAUGGCACAUUUACCAACACCUAAAUGGAUUAUUAGCAGCAUAGUUCAUAAAAAUAAAAUAAUAAUUUGCCCAAAAAACGAAGGAGAUAAUGAAGUGGAUGAAGUUCUAGAAUAUGAUAUAGAAACCAACAAAUGGAAUACUUUGGGUCCGUUACCGUUUCCGAUGGAAAAUAAUUAUUAUAGUUUAACACAUUUAAAAUAAUAAGAUAAACAAGAGUGACACUUAUUUUAGGAAUGUUAAAAUUUCUUUCGUCCUCCUAAAAGUUAUCUAAAUAAAUUAAAAAAAUUAUUAUGUAAAAUUUUAUUGCAAUGGGUUAACAUGGUGAAUGCACUUAAUUUUAAAGACCGUUUAUUAAUUAACAGUAUGAAAUUGAAUGUUUUUUUUUAUUAAUUUUUGUAAAUAAAUACAUAAA